AUGGGCAUCCCGCGCUUCUACCGGUACAUGUCGGAGCGGUAUCCGCUGCUGAAUCAGCCUAUCUCGGAUGUGUCGCUAUUGCCAGAGUUCGACGCCUUCUACCUCGAUAUGAACGGCAUCGUGCACAACUGCACGCACUCGGAUGCGGCAGAUGACGCGCUCAACUCGCUGUCGCUCGAGGGCCAAUUGCACGGCAUCUUCACGUAUCUAGAUCGCCUUAUCACGCACAUCAUCAAGCCCAAGAAGCUCGUGUACAUCGCCAUCGACGGCGUGGCCCCGCGCGCUAAACUCAACCAGCAGCGCUCGCGUCGGUUCCGCGCCGGUCUGGAUCGCCAGCAGGCCAUGGACAAGGAGCGAUACAUGCAAAUCAAGCUCCAGGACGAAAAAGACGGCCACAAGGCCAAAUCUGUGGCCAACAAGUUCGAUUCGAACUGCAUUACGCCCGGUACCGAGUUUUUGAGUAAACUCUCGCAACAUUUAGUGUAUUUUGUACGGCAAAAGAUGAAGAAUGACCCUCUUUGGGCCAGACUCGAGGUUUUCUUCAGUGGCAGCGAAGUGCCCGGAGAGGGAGAGCACAAGAUCGUCGAGUUUAUCCGCCACAGGAAGAUGGCGGAGGACUAUGAGGCCAAUAUGCGCCACUGUAUGUACGGCAGUGACGCAGAUCUGAUGCUACUGGGACUCAUGACUCACGAGCCGCACUUUACACUCGUGAGAGAGACGGUAGUGUGGGGCAGUCACCACAAGAAGGUCGCAGCCAAGCAGAUCGAAGAACAGCAGUGGCAACUGGUGCAUCUGAGUCUGUUCCGAGAGUAUCUGAUGAUGGAGAUGAGGGUACAGCCGCCACUCGAUGGAGAACGCAUGCUGGAUGACUUCAUUUUGCUGACUUUCUUGCUAGGAAAUGACUUUAUCCCACACAGCCCGACGCUGGAGAUCAGUGAGGAUGCCAUCCCAUUGCUGCUGAAGGUGUAUCGGGAACUACUGGAGACUCAUAAGGGAAGUUAUCUUACGCUGAACGGUAAGAUCACGAACGUUAAGUUGCUGCAGGAACUGUUCCAAGUUAUUGGUAACCAAGAAGAAGAGAUCCUGAUCAAUCGAGCUAUGGAGGAGCAGAGACGCUCAGGACGUCGUGGUGGACGACAACAGUCCAAGCAACAUGAUGUUGACGCAGCGGAGGUGCAGAGAGCGAUCAUGGCGCUUCGAGAUGACGACGAUGACAUCCCGCCACCUUUACUUGACGACGAAGAGGACGAGGAAGAAGCCGAGCGUGCGUUGCUAGAGGCGCUGGACGGCCCUGAAGAGACUAGGAUGUCUUUUGAACUCGAACGAAGUGACCGUGAGGUACUUUUGCUGGUUGGAAGUGAGAGUUUCCAGGACACCAAGUGGAAUUACUAUGAGCGGAAAUAUGGCAUCAAGCGAGGCAAUGGCGAUGCAGGCAACAAGGAGCUGGAGCAAGUGAAGAAGUCGUACAUGGAGGCGUUAGUCUGGUGUCUCGCCUACUACUUCCAAGGCCCCCAGUCCUGGUCAUGGUACUACCCUUACCACUACGCACCGAUGGUUUCUGAUCUUACGGAUAUUGAAGACAUGAUUACGAAUGUCAAAUUCGACGAAGAUCCGUCAGUCGCUGGCCCGUUGCUGCCGUUUGAGCAGCUAAUGUCGAAUCUGCCAGCUUCAAGCGCCAAUCUCGUGCCGGAACCAUACCGAUUCCUCAUGAUCUCGCCGUUGUCGCCGAUCAAACAUUUCUACCCAGAGACGUUUGCAAUUGAUAUGGAAGGCAAGCGUAACGCGUGGGAAGGUGUGAAUCUGCUGCCGUUUAUUGAUGUAGCAUUGCUGAAGCAGGCCAUCGCGCAGUACUGUCCUGAUUCUCAACUCACGGAGGCCGAGAUGCAGCGUAACAAGCUGCAGCGCUUGCCUAUCCGAAUUGUUCGAGACUUGACAGUCCUGGACACGUUGAAGUCCACCUUGCCUGGAGUUGUUGGUUUCCCGGAUGUGCUCUACUGCAAUACUCGUGUAGAAGACUACGAUCUUCCGCCAAUCCCUGGUGGCGAGUUCCAGAGCAAACUGAUGGAUGGUGUUGUUCUUCCGCUUGCUGGCUUCCCGUCGCUUUACACUGUGACUCUAGAGAGUACGCGAAUUGCUAGUGUCGGCUUGAACUGCUUCGGUAUGAGCUCACGCAAGUCUAGUCUCAUCCUUCAGCUUCCUGUCUCAGGAAAUUUGAACGACAGCGACAAUGCUACUGCUGACGAGAUCAACCCGCGCGAACUACUGGGCACUACAGUAUUAGCGAAUUGGCCGAACCUUCACGAGGUGCUUGUUGUUGGUAUCAGUAUGUUAUCGGGAGAAUACCGUCUCGAGCAGUCCAGUCGCAAGCACAACAACAACAGACGGAAGCAGACCGAGGUUGUCUUCACGCCGUAUGGACCGGACGAGAAGAGUGCGUGGGCGUACUAUGCGCAGACAGAAGUGGUCAAGUUGUUGUCUGGUCGUGGCAUCCCUGGCAGCGGAGGUAUCGAUCUAGGCAGGACUGGAAUUACGACCGUGUUGCACGUCUUGCCGCUUCAAGGUAUGGUGUCCAACCCGCUUACAGGUGCUAUCGAGAAGAAGUUCGGAGAGACCGAGGCAUUCGUGCCUGCUCAACUCACGGUUCGUAAUCGUAAGCUGCUGGAUGCGAGGUUUGAGGAAACCGACACGUUGCCGUUGAGUGAGCGCUUCCCUGUCGACUCAAAGGCACUGAUCACGCGUGGGAAGUGGCUGGGUUGUACCGCUAUUGUGCGUUCUCAGGACGAAGAGCAGCACACUGUUACUGUCCAUGUGAACACGAUCGACCAGGAGCCGCCGUUUGGUUACGUUAUCGCGCAGAAAAUCACAGAUCGAUUCUUCCCGGGCUACUUGGUGGCCCAGAAGUUGGGUAUCUCGGCGUCUACGUUGGGUUUGAUCACUGGAAGUGUGAUUAUCAAGCCAAUUAGUGCUGAUAUCGGACUGAACAUUCGUUACCGCAAGGAGCUGCUGCUCCCUGGCUACUGUAGACUCGUGAAUCGCGACAAUAGCAGCUCCAACCCAAGCGAUGAUACCAAUGUUUGGAGGAAAGGUGAUAUUGUCAAGAUCGUUGGAAGCAGCGGCAACAACUCCACUGAUAACUCGAACUCGGGUUCUUCUCCGACGAAAAAUGGUAGCAGCACUGCGUGGGAGUACACUGAGCGUGCGGUGCAGUUGAUCGCGAACUACCAGAAGGAAUUCCCAGAAGUUGUUCGCAACCUGAGUCGUCUACCGUUUGCCACGACGUAUCAAGGUAAGGACGUGUUUGGAAUCGAUGAUACCGAGCGCGUGGAGGUGAAGGCAGAAGCGGUCAAGCAGUGGAUUGAGCAGCAACGCUUAGGUGCCAGCGAACACUCGAAACACAUUCCGAUCACGUCCGAGUAUAUCGCUCUCAAUGCUGUUCGCGCUAUGGAAGCCGCUGGAACGUUGCGUGCGAAGGAGCGAGCUAAGGCUGCUGAUGAACAACGUCGUGCUCCUGUUGUUGCAACAGUCAACGCUGCGGAUCUAUUCCGUCCCAACCCACUGGUGAACCAGGACCUUACGGGACAGGAAGUAUCGCAGCGAUCAUCAGUGAACCGUGGAGCACCGAAUCUAGGCGACCGAGUGAUUAACAUUAGUGCGCGUGGAGUGCCCUUCGGUCAUCGUGGCACUGUUGUUGCUACGCAUGUGAGCAGUAGAUGCGUCGAGGUGCUAUUCGACGAGAGCUUCACAGGUGGAGAGGCUCUUUACGGAACGACGAGUCUAGACCGCGGCAAGAUCGUGGCUUGGAACAACUUGCUGUGUGUGUCAGUUCCUCCUGGAACGAAGAAGCAGAACCACAAUACUCGCUCGAAGCAGGCACAGAAUAGAAAUGCGCAGAACAACAAUGCUAGUCAACGUCGCACGUCUGGCGGAAUGCCAGUCAUCAGCACCAACACUCGAGGGCCCAAGAAACUUCUCAAGCCAAAUGACAAGACUGUGACGACCCCGACGCCGUUGGUGCCACCGCCCCCACCAAUUCCUAGUGCUAUGCCACCUCCACCACCUCCGGAGAAGAUCCAGCAACUUAUUCAAAAGUGGAGUUUUGACGGUGAAGUCGCUACUCAAGUAAGCGUGAAGACUACUACAUCUCAGCAAGGCAACGGUGCGAAGGCACCAGCAAAUCCUACAGCAUCCAAGCCAGAGGAGAAGCUAACUCCGUCUGUCGCUGCGUUCUUCUCGGUCGCUGAGGCUGCAGCUCCUACGCCUCCAGCGGACCCAUUGAUGGGCUUGUUCCCUCACCAGUAUAAACACUCUUCUACUAGUGCAUCUCUGCUUACACCUCCGUUGCCGAAUGGUGCUCCGACGCCACAGUACAUGGCUCCACCUCCUGCGUACUACCCUACGCAGCCGCCGAUGCCUGGACAGCAGCCGCAGCUCUUCCUCAUGCCUGAUGGUUCGUACGCACCGAUGUACGCUUCGCCACCUCCAGGAUCUUACGCACCGCAGACACAAACUCCCAUGCCACCUAGUGAAGAAGAAUACCCUCCUCUUGGAGCUACACCUUCCAACGAUGACAAGAAACCCAAUACGCCUGCGGCCGAGCCAAAGAAACACCACAACCGUGGAAAACACAAGAAGACCAAUGCAUCAAACGAAAGCAACGCCGCACAGAAACAAACGUCACCAAACACUCAGAAGAAGUGGGUGCCGAAGGGUGACACUAAGCCAAAGAGUGGACCGCAGCUACUGCUCCCGUCUCAAGUGAUGCGUCAGCAAAAGCCUCAACAAUAA